GCGCGCUGCAUGCCGGGCCAGGACAUGGUGGUGCCGCUGUAAGUCGCGCCGACAGACCCGCUCCCCGGACCCGAGCGAGUGGCCGCCGGCGGCGCCAUGAAGACUUUCUGCAGCAGAGCCAACCCCACCACCGGGGCCAUCGAGUGGGAGGAGGAAGACGAGGACUAUGAUUAUCAUCAGGAGAUAGCACGGUCCUCUUAUGCAGAUAUGCUACAUGACAAAGACAGGAAUGAGAAGUACUACAGUGGAAUUCAGGCAGCAGUCCGCAGGGUGAAGGAGCGAGGUCAGAGGGCAAUUGUCCUGGACAUUGGAACUGGGACGGGGCUGUUAUCCAUGAUGGCAGCGAAAGCUGGUGCAGAUUUCUGUUUCGCAGUCGAGGUUUUUAAGCCAAUGGCUGAUGUUGCUGUUAAGAUUGUGGAGAAAAAUGGAUUCAGCAAUAAAAUUAAAGUUAUCAACAAACACUCGACUGAGGUGACAGUGGGGCCAGAUGGUGACAUGUCAUGCCGAGCUAACAUCCUGGUCACGGAGCUGUUUGAUACGGAACUUAUUGGCGAGGGGGCACUGCCAAGUUAUGAGCAUGCUCACAAGUACCUUGUGCAGGAAGAAUGUGAGGCUGUUCCACACAGAGCCACAAUUUACGCACAGCUGGUGGAGUCAGAGCGGAUGUGGGCUUGGAACAAAUUGCUGCCAAUUCACAUCGGGCUGGAGGAUGGCAAUGAUAAGGUCAUUUUACCGACAAGGGACAUGCAGGUGUGUGCUGGGUCCCCCUGCGUCUAUGACAUUCAGCUCAAUCAAGUGGACAGCAACCACUUCAGCCCCCUCACAGAGGUUACAGAGGUAUUCAGGGUGGAUUUCAGUAAAGCAGUGAGUAGUUCUCCAGCCCAGCACACUGUGGAGGUCCAAGCAACAGGCAGUGGGCAGGCCCACGUUGUGCUGUCGUGGUGGGACAUGGAAAUGGAUCCUGAAGGGAGUAUCAGAUGUACUAUGGCACCAUACUGGGCUCAUCCGACUCCAAAUAAUAUUCAGUGGCGGGACCAUUGGAUGCAGUGUGUGUACUUCUUGCCCCAGGAGUUACCUGUUCAAGAAGGAGAACGUCUGUGUAUUUCAGCGGUGCAUGACGACUACUCUCUGUGGUAUAAACUGCAACACAGCAGUGAUGAGCAUGACGCUGAAGUGCUGAGUGAACGUCCCCUCUGCUCCUGUCAGGCCCACCUCAUGUGUAACAGGCAGCGAUUUGGAGAACUAAAUGACCAACAAAGGAACAACGCCUAUAUCAAGGCCCUGAAAACAGUUCUGAGGCCAGACACUGUGUGCAUGACUGUCAGUGAUGGAAGCCUGCUCUCAAUCUUCGCUCACUUGCUGGGUGCUGCACAGGUUUAUAGUCUGGAGAUUUCUGCCAUGUCCAGGCGCGUCAUGCAGAAGAUUUUAGCUGCUAAUGGAUUGACCGGGAAGGUGAUGGUUUCAGAGAAAAGCCCAGAGCAGCUAAUGCAUGUGGACCUGGGUAACAACCAGAUAUCAGUUCUGAUCGGGGAGCCAUUCUUCACCACCAGCCUUCUGCCUUGGCACAACCUUUACUUCUGGUACGCGAGGACCUAUCUGGCCAAACUCCUGGCUAGUGAAUUCACUGUGCUGCCACAGUCUGCCACGCUGUUGGCAAUGGCCGUUGAGUUUGAGGACCUCUGGCGCAUUCGUGCACCCUGUCGGGAAUGUGAAGGCUUUGAUGUCAACCUCAUGGAUGAGAUGAUACAGAAUUCCUUGAAUUUCCGGGAAUGUCAGGAGGCUGAGCCCCAUCCUCUUUGGGAGUACCCCUGCAGAGCACUCAGUGACCCAUGCCAGCUCCUCACCUUUGAUUUUCGCCAGGAGGUACCAGAGCAGUCAAUCUGCUCUUCUGGAUCGAUGCAGCUCGUGAGAUCUGGCACUUGCCAUGGAGUAGUGCUUUGGAUGGACUACUGUCUAACCAAUGACAUCAUGGUCACCACAGGGUUAACCAGGCUCCAUUCUCACACGGGUGACUGUGAGUGGAACCCACACAACAAGCAGGGUGUCUACUUCCUUCGUUCGGAGACCAAUCACGAGACUUUGACAAACAAGCAGACCUCCAUUGCCUACAGAGUGACUUUCCACCCAAAGACCGGUGAACUGGCCUUGGACUUCCAGCAGUCCCCGUAAUCAACAGGAGUGUGUGGAAGGACAAGGAUCCUCUUGUGGUUCGUAACUGGAAAACUGGUUGCCCUGUAACUCAGGUAUUAUUCUUGUGAAUCCUCAGAUCCACUCCAGGCUGGGAUGUGAAGAAUUGAGCCUAACCUAUUUGGAUUUGAAGGAAUAAUAAGCAAAAGUAGUUUGUUGAAACAUUAUGGCUGGACUUGGGUGCUUUCUAUGUAGACGGUCACUGGGGCAAGAACACAGCCUGCCUGCCACAGUGGUAGCUCUCUCAUCUCUGAGUCCAAGAGGUGAGGGUUCAAACUGUGCCCGGGCAGGAGCACACAAUGUAGGAUGAUGUUGGAAGCUGUAUGGAGGCAGUGUUGCAUUUUUGCCCGUCAUCUGGGGUGAUGAGAUGUUAAACUGGGACACCGUCUGCCUGCUUGUGGCUAUAGGAUCCCUUGGUGGUAUUGAAAGGAAAGCUUGACCAGUCUCCUAAACCACAUCAAUCUCUCAACAAAUGCCACUAAAAUGAUUCGUGAAUUGUUCAUUUAAUCACUGUUUAUGGUAUCUUGUUACACGUGUGUAGGCUGCUGUCUUAAAUAGCAACAACUCAAAGCUAACUUGUCACCCUGGAAGAAGUUACAUAAAUGUUUUAUUUCUUUGAUGUAAGAACUGAGUUUAACAUCUUAUCUCGGUGGGUUGCUUUUAAGUACCGGACUUUCAAUCUUUAUUAAGUAAAGUCAAUGGAAUGUCUUGAUCCAAACUGGCAUUGAGGUUUAAAAAGUUACAAGAUUUAUUUUAUUUUAAAAGGAGACUUAUUAAAGUAUUUUUCAAUCUUCUCUGAGUUU